AUGUGCUCCCUUGUAGGGGAGGUUUCAGCGGCCCGUGUGGGCCGCGGUAUCAGGUGUACUGAAAAGCCGGCUGAAGAUUACCAGGUUGUUCUGCCUCAUCUGCCCACAGGUGCGUCUGUUUUAAACACGGUGUUUUUGCAUGGUGAUGUAAAAGCCAGGCCAUAUCGAGUCGAGCAUGUCCGAGACAGCCUUGCGCGUCUCUCACUGCUGCCGGAAGUGGUUGCCCUCGGGGCAUACCAAAUGAAUCACCUGUGGGCAGUGACGUUUAAGGAUGAGGAAGGCAAGAAGAAGAUAUUAGCGGCAGAUGCGUUCAACGUUAAAGAUCACCGCUGCAUGGUCAUCGACCCACGCGAUCAAGGUGUCCGACUGAAGCUUUACUGGCUGCUUCAUGGCGUACCGGACGAUGACGUGCGAGUGGCUUUGGCGCCGUUUGGAAAAGUUACGGAAAUCAGCAGAGACAAGUGGAAGGUCAAGGGAUGCAUCGACAAAGGAUCAACAACCCGCUCGGUGACGCUGAAAUUAAAGGUGGGCGUUACAGUGGAUGACCUUCCUCACCAGCUGCGUGUUGCCGAAGACAUGGCGCUCGUCUUCGUUCCUGGCAGAGCGCCGCUCUGCCUCCGAUGCCGUGGCACCGGACACAUCCGACGAGAGUGCCGCGUUCCACGAUGUGGGAUCUGUCGGCGCUUCGGCCACGAUGACUCCCAGUGCGUGCGUUCUUAUGCCAGCGUUACAGGCCCACUCCGUAGCGACGUUGUGUCAGAACACCUGAUGGACGCCGCCGACGCCGAAGAAGCUAGCAGGGAAUACAACGACGGCGCGAAGACUGCUGCAACGCCCCCUGAAGCUUCUUCAGGAGCUGUUCAGGAAGCGAAUGGUGGUGCCGAGCCCUCGGCUGCAGCAUCGGAAACGAUACCAGAGACUACAACAGAUGACGCGGAAUCGAAGGCCGCAAACACGUUAUUGUCAGUAGCGCAAGACGCCGACCAGGAGGUAACGGACGCCGAGAUGCUCACGACCGGAAGCGUCGCUGCAAAGCGGCCUUACGAAGACUCCGACAACAUAGGGAAAGCGAGUGCGUCCGGCACCGGCGAGCCUCCAACGAAGGCGUCGACUGGGCGGCGGUCUUCGGUUCAACCGAAGCCAAAGUUGCCGCCUGACCGUAGGGUGAACCCUACAACGCCUCCGCACUAGCGGAGGUGACGUUCCAGACGACUUCAACGAGGAUGCCAAGAAACCCACUGUUGCGAUGUGAGUAGGACGCCUGGCCAAGCAACCUCCAUGAAAUGGCGACUAACUUUCAAUCUAGCCUUCGCGUUGCGACAUUGAAUGUGAGAGGACUGUGUUCGCGCAGGAGGCAAUGUCA